CCAAGCAUGUGUGCUGUGAGAACAGCAUAUGUAACACAUAGGUCAGAGCCUUGGAGAGAAUCCUGAUGAGACAUGUUGUAUUGAAACCCUAACAGUUAGUUUACCUAAGUGUCUUUAAUCUAAUUUAAUUAAUGGUUUCGUUGCCUUUAUGCUAACGAUGAAUAAUUCAGAUGUGGUACAGUGUCGAUCUCGACAUUUAACUGAUGUGAAGAAAACAGCCAGGAAAAGAGCACAGCUGUACAGUUUGACAGUAUCAGUUUUAUUUUCUUGCCUUUGAAGAGUUAGCAAGGACAAGAAGAUGAGUGGCCAGGGAACAGUGUCUGUGCUCAAUGACAUCACACCUGUCCAGCAAAUGAUAGCUUCCUCCUCAGGAGCGCUGCUUACUUCACUGUUUGUUACACCCCUGGAUGUGGUGAAAAUUAGGCUUCAGGCACAAAGAAGUCCCUUUUGGAAAGGAAAAUGUUUUCUGUAUUGCAAUGGCCUUAUGGACCACAUUUGUGUGUGUGAAAAUGGGAACUCCAAAGCCUGGUACAAGGCCCCUGGACAUUUCACAGGCACUUUGGAUGCAUUUAUUAAAAUCAUUCAAAAAGAAGGAAUAAAGUCAUUAUGGAGUGGGCUUCCUCCAACGCUAGUUAUGGCUGUACCUGCUACUGUUAUAUAUUUCACUUGCUAUGACCAGCUCUGUGCUAUUCUGAAGUACAGGAUGGGCAGCGAUUCUAAUGAAGCACCACUGCUGGCAGGGGCUUUGGCUAGAGUGGGGUCUGUCACUGUGAUCAGUCCGCUGGAGCUAAUACGGACAAAGAUGCAGUCCCAGAAGCUGUCGUAUCGGGAGCUGAACACCUUUAUCCGGACAUCCGUGGCAGCUGAUGGCUGGCUGUCUCUGUGGAGGGGCUUGGGCCCCACUCUACUCAGAGAUGUGCCUUUCUCAGCAAUGUACUGGUAUAACUAUGAGCUUGGAAAGAAGUGGCUCUGUGAGAAGAAUGAUGCCAGAGAACCAACAUUCAUGAUCACUUUCACCUCAGGAGCAGUGUCUGGGUCUAUUGCUUCAAUAAUAACUUUACCGUUCGAUGUGGUAAAGACACGGAGACAAAUUGAACUUGGGGAGCUUGAGGCUUUGAACUUAUCUCCUCGGGCCUCGUCCUCCACCAUGCACGUGAUGAGAAGGAUUGUGGCUGAAAAUGGUGUUAGAGGAUUAUUCGCAGGAUUCCUUCCCCGGUUGAUCAAAGUGGCCCCAGCUUGUGCUAUAAUGAUCAGCACUUAUGAGUUUGGGAAGGCUUUCUUCCACAGGCGGAAUCGAGAGAGACAGAUGGUGGCACUUCAGAAUGGGCCCUGAGCAAACAGCCUUACUCCAGUACUGUAUAUAUGUGCCUAUCACAGUUCCAUAAAGUGCAUAUCUGGUUUUCAGAUUCUGAAUUGCAUAAUGAGACUGAGCAUUUGCAGGUUUGGACAUAGAUAUUGCCUGUUCAAAACAUUAACGUAAUUAUGCAGUUUUUUCAAAGUAUGGAUUGUUGUAAAGUAAAAUAAUUUCUGGGCUUUCAGGAUGUCUUCAAGGCCCGCAAAAUUCAAUUUAGAAAGAUCUAGAUGUUAAAUGUGUACACAGGCAAUACAUCUGGCUAAGUAAGAUGAGGUAUAAAUAUUUCAUUCAUAACCAAAACAAACUAUAUUGCAUCAAAUGUUGCUCACUGAUCGAAAAUAUUGUAAUAUUCUGAUUGCGUUUAAUUAUCAUUGAUCCUCCACAGAGCAAAACUAACCUCUAAAAUAGUUUAAAUUGCAUUUUCAGUGUUAAUUUAAUCUUGUUUCCCAAUAAAAUAUUUUUUUAUUGACAACUGAAAGAAAUAUAUUUCUAUGUGGAUGAUUUAUUUUCUAAUUUAAAUAACGCAGGAUCAGGUGUUCACAAGCUUAAAUAUUUAUAUAUUUUUUAAAACUGGAAUAUUAUUCAGAAAGUAGACUGCAGAUUAAGUUCCCUGCUAUUUGUUUGGAAUACUGUAUGUCUACAGGAUGUCUCAUGUAGGUUCUCGAGCCAUAGUUGAGGGAAUCUGGUACUAUAAAACAGCAGUAGUGAUGAGUGUGCUGGACAAAAUGUGAGUGCAUCUGUUGCAGAUUGGAGGAGCCAAAUUUUCAGCAUUCUGUACAAAACCCAUAGAGAAGUAAAAUCCACAUUGAAAUCCUGUUUGAUUCAGAACCAUACACACCUCUGGGAAAAUUGGAGUAGAGUUUGUGCACUGGUAUUCUUUCCUUUCCCUUAAGCAAAGCAUAAAAAGCCUUGCUUUGUAAAAAUGACAAAAGCAGUCCAGGACAGUGGGGUUGUAUGUUUCCUGGCUCAGGCUCUAUACUAGAUUCCAAAAUGGCAAGCAUACCAAGCUUAAAAUGCCACACUGGGGAUGAAUGAAGUAUUUGAAUUGAAUGGUAGGACUCUUCUGCUGGGGUUAGUCACUUACUCAUUGGGUUCCAUUACUAUCCAAAUGUGGCAAACUAGAGAUCUAGAGUAGAGUCUGGCGUUUAUGCUUGUAUUGGAUGGGCAAUACAGUACCUCAUCUUGCACACCAAAAUAGUGGACGUCUAAAACAUAAGGCAAAGGGAAGCACAACUAUCGCAUAUUAACCCCCACUCUUGAUAUGAAUAAGCAGAUGUUUCUCACAAAUUUGGCCAUCUGUGCAAUGAUAAGUCCUUGCAAUUUAAGCACAUUACAGCUAUAAAAAGUCAUCUCUUUACACAAUGUAUCUCACUUUGUUAAUGCUGCCAUGCAUUCUGGCAUAAGUGCUAGGUAUCGGCUAUUUCUUUCUCAGGUGCUGAAUAUGUCCCCCUUUCAAAGAUUUUUAAUUUUGUUUUAUACUUUCAAAGAGGAUCACCCUUUAUAGCACUUUAUUGCCCUUUUCAAUAAAAGUUAAAACUGUCAAUCCUUUAUUUAGCUUGUACAAAUGUGUGCCAAACGUUGUUUUAAAAUUAUAAAAAGCAGUGGAUUUAUAUUGUCUUUCUUCAUCAUGUAGUGUUUUCACUUUUCAUGUUGCAUAACUCUGCCACACAUUUUGAAAGGUGUACCAAUGUGAUCUGUGAACAAGAUCACAAUACAGACAUUUCAAAUAAAAAUAAUUUUAAGGAAAA